CUUCCUGGUUUCUGUCCUUUUGAACUGCUGUGUGAAGACAACAGCUUCUCAAUACAUCCCAGGAUUAAACAUGGAUCUGACGGGGGUCAGAUGGACUGAGAACGAGUAUUCUCUCAAUGGAUAUGUGUCCAAAUACAUCAGCUCAUUUCCAAACAUCAUACAAAUCACAGAAGGAUUUCUAGGGAAGCAGGAAAUAGACAGCAUCAGUUCAAGUAUGGUGAUUAGAGUCCAUUCUUUAUACAGCCAAAGGAGAGUAAUAGCUGAAUCAAAAGGGAAGUUGUUCUCAAUACCAAUAAAACUGAAAACCCUGAAAUUCAUCCCUUCUGGAGAAGGUUCCUCUCCCAUCAAUGGCCCCAUUUUGCAAUUACCUAUGACACUACAAGAAAUACUGUCCAAUUAUCACCUCCCUGUUGCCAUUCAAUCCUACAAAGCACUAUCCUUCAAGGAAAAAGGGGAUGUGAAAUCCCAGGAUGAAAUACUUCCUGAACUACUACUGAAAGACACCUAUGAGGAGAACUUUUUACUUGGUCAUCCCAUUGACAAAAGUAAAAUAUUUACCAAAGAGCCCAUUAUGGUUCCAAUGUAUAUGAAAGAACUGAAACUGGUGGUAGCUUUGGGAUUUACCAGUGAUGACAAAGACAAAUGGAACAAGACUUGUGAAUGGCUUACCAAACAAGUGGAAAAUGAAGGGGACAUGUCACAGGUUGCUUUUGAAGAAAUAUAUUUACUAGACAAAAAGAAUCUGUCAUCUCAGGAACCACGAUACAGCACCAUUGAGCCAAUAUAUAUUGACAUCGGUGAACUUGGAAUCGAACAGCAGAUAACUCAAAAACCCUCUACCUCCUAUGAGAUACAAAUUCCCAAAGUAUUAAAAGAGACCAAUGUAUAUAGCGGGGAUGAAGUGCCUCAAUUGGUUCCAAAUGUCACCACACCAAUAGCAAACAUCAGUGAUAUCCCAAAGGAUCUUCGAGGCUUGACUGUGAAGCAAGUGUGCGAUUGUCUUAACCUGCUCAACAUGAACCAGUAUGUAGAGGCAUUUAAGGCAGCACAGGUGGAUGGCCAGUUCUUGUAUGAGCUGGACCAUGAUAUGAUGACGAGUUGCAUGGGAAUGAAUGGACUUCAUGUUGUUAAAUUUAUGAGGUUCAGGGAUGGCUGGAGGCCUAAUAUGCAAGAUCAGUAGUGGUUAAAAAAGCAUGGAUUGUUAGGGGAUAAUUUAUGUAGUAAGGUGGCACAAUGCUAAUUUUUGAACAAAAAUAUUUUUCAAAACAUUUCUCUGCAAGUCUUUGUAGUACGGUAGAGGCAAUAGCGGCCAGUAGAGGCAACCAAUAGUGUGAGCUACACAUUAGCAGUGAGACACCGCCACCCAAAGUAUCUAAUAACAACUAUUGAAUUUCCAGUGGGCCAAGCAGCAGGGGCCCUUCAGGCAGUGUACUGACUGCAUAAUCAGUGGCUUGUGUAAAGUACAGGUUCACUUGGGCAAGUGUUCAUUUCACAAAAGCUUAUAUAUCUUAAAUAUUUCCACAGGGGCAUAAAUUAUUAGCCAUGGAAUUAUGGAGUUAGCUCACCCUUGUAAUAGAGCCCUCUUGCCUAAUGUCUUUAAAGAUUCUCAUUCAUCUAGGUCAAGUUAUACAGUAUCUAGUACAAUUAAGUCUAAAGCAACUAGACUUUCUGAGUUUUGUUCUCUGCAUUUUUACAAUCAUUAAAAUAAGCAUAAACAUGAUCAAAAUGGAAUCA